UGUAUUUAGCAAUUACCAAUCAGUAUCAGUGUAAUAAACUUCCAUUUAACUAAUUCUGUUUUCGGUCUGACAUACCAAGAUUUAUUUAUGCAUCUACCGGUAUGCUUGGCUCAUGUUUACCAGUGCAAGGUUGGGGCUCAAGUGGACCUGCGUGUGGGUGGCGACUACUUCUAUGACCCUCAGCCAGGCGAGGAGCCUCCCACAAACCUGCUGCUGGUGGCGGGUGGGGUCGGGAUCAACCCCCUCAUGAGUAUGCUGAGCCACGUUCAUGAUCUGCAGCAGACGGCGACGACACGCAGCAUGUGCCCAAACAAGGUCAACCUCAUGUUCAGUGCCAAAACCAAGGAGGAACUUUUGUUUAGGAAAAGAAUUGACAAAUUAUGCAAUAUGAAGUCAAACAACAUGUCAUCAAUGUAUUUCAUCACAGAGGAGACAGCUGGGAACGGAGACAACACUGUUUACAGUCGAAUCAAAGAGCAGCACAUACACGAAGUGACGGACAGGUUGAAACCAGGGAAGGUUGAGUGCUACCUGUGUGGUCCAUCCCCCAUGAUAGCAAGUAUAGAAACAAUGCUUAAGGCUUGUGGCAUCACUGAAACCAGCAUUCACUACGAGAGAUGGUGGUAGAUGCUCUGGGAUUGUAUAUUGGAGGAGUAUCAUGGCAUUAUGGAAUUCCUAUGGUAUGUUUUAUUGAGUUUUAAGCACAUACCAGUUGUGCCCUUGACAAAUGUAGUGAUAAUUCCAAUGAAGUGUUGCUGUAUUUGUCAAAGGAAUUCCCAUGAAGCUCUCAAAAACCUGAAUAAAAUCUUUGAUCACUGA